AGGUGCCUUCCUUCCUCCGCCAGCUGGUCAAAGAAACGGGCAGAAUGGUGGCGUUCUUUUUCAAAGGCGGCUCAAGAGAAAAGGGCCCCGAGGAGCAGGACAACUUUGACCAAGACGACGACACGCCCAGCCCGUACCUGGAGAGGCCCGUUUUGGAGAAGCACGUGUCCGAGGGGGGGUCAGAGUCCGGGGUGAACUACGCGGUGGCGAGCAUGCAAGGCUGGAGGGCUCAAAUGGAGGAUGCGCACACUUGUAUGCCUCAUAUGAGAGGGGAGCUGAGCGAGUGGGCCUAUUUCGCCGUGUUCGACGGCCAUGCGGGGAGCACCGUGGCCCAGUACUGCUCCAAGAACCUGCUGGACCACAUCCUAGCCACAGUAAGCGAAGACCCGGAACAGGUCAAAGAGGGCGUCCGCGAGGGAUUCCUCGAAAUUGACCGCCACAUGCAUAAACUGGCCCGGGAGGGCGAUUGGGACCGGAGCGGCACCACGGCGGCGGCCGUGAUGAUCUCGCCGCGAUACGUCUACUUCAUCAACUGCGGGGAUUCACGCACGCUCCUCUGUAAGGACGGCCAGCUGGUCUUCUACACGGAGGACCACAAGCCCUUCAACCCCAGGGAGAAGGAGCGCAUACAGAACGCCGGCGGCUCGGUCACGCUGCAGCGCAUCAACGGCUCGCUGGCCGUAUCCAGAGCGCUGGGCGAUUUCGAUUUCAAGGAGGUGGACUGGAGGCCGCAAACGGAGCAGCUGGUGUCGCCCGAGCCCGAAGUGUACGAGGUGGAGCGAGCGGACCGGGACGAGUUCAUCGUGCUGGCGUGCGACGGCGUUUGGGACGCCAUCGGCAACGAGGAACUUUGCGCCUUUGUGCGGAAUCGCCUGCAAGUGUGCGACGACCUGCGAGAGAUUUGCACGCAAGUCAUCGACCUCUGUCUCUACAAGGGCAGUUUGGAUAACAUCAGCAUCAUCAUCGUGUGCCUCCCGGGCGCCCCCCAGUUGUCGCAAGAGGCACUGCAGCAGGAGGCGGCGCUAGAGCAACACAUUGACCUGAAAGUAGAAGAAAUCAUCAAGAUGAUGCGCUCCAAAGAUGAGGAUCCUGACCUUUUGUAUGUGAUCAAGUUCCUGGCUGAGGAGGAGAUACCGGGACUUCCACCAGGGGGCGGCAUCACCAGCAAGUAA